AUGUCGAAUACUAAUAUUUCAUCGAAUACGUCGCCGAACAUAUCUACACAAUGUGUGGAAGUAAAAGAAAUUGUAAAAAAUGUAGGUACCUCUAGUGGUGGUACUAGUAGUGGUGGUGGACAAACGUUUGUGAACGUAUGCAUGAAAUAUGAUAAAAGUUUGGAUGCGGGGAAAAAAAUGAUAGAUGUAUUUGGUGCUGCUCUUAAUAUUUUUGGUGGUGCUGCUGGUGUUACUGUUGAUGAAAAUGCAUUUAAAAAAUCUAUGGAAACCUUAAUUUCUGGAAUUGAUUAUAACCAAUCCGAGUUAAAAGGAAAUUGUAAGGAUUCACCAUGUGGGACAACAUCAUAUAAUACUAAUAAUUGGAAAUGGAAAGAAGAAAAAAAUGGUAACAAGGUAGGAUUAAAAUCUGAUUAUAAUGACAAGGUAGGUGUUCCCCCGAGAACGCAAGUUUUAUGUUUUGGAAACCUUCAUGGAGAGGACUGUAAAACGGAUGUUAGCAAUAUCGAUAGUAAUGACAAGUUAUUGUCUGAAUGGCUAAUUGCUGCAAAAAUUGAAGGACAAAAUUUAAAAACAAAUUAUGGAAAAAAUAAUAAUGAUAAAUCUAAAUUAUGUAAAGCGUUAGGAUACAGUUAUGCCGAUAUUGGAGAUUUGAUAAAAGGAACGAGUAUUUGGGAAAAUAAAUGGACAAAACUUCUUGAAGAAAAUUUAAAACAAAUGUUUGGUAGGAUUUUUGAAGGUCAAUACAAAAAUAACACUAAUAGUGCUAACUCAUCAUCAAAUGUUCGUUACGAAUCGUUAGAUCAAUUAAGAGAAGUUUGGUGGAACACUAAUAAAGAAUAUAUAUGGCAUGCAUUAUAUAAAGGAGCAAAGUUGGAUAGUAGUACCAAUACAUGUCCUGGUAUUGAUAAAGAUAUACCUCCAACGACGGAUCAUAUCCCGCAAUUUUUAAGAUUUGCACACGAAUGGGUGGAACAAUUUUGCGAAAAACGGAAACAAAAAGCGGACGAAGUAGUGAAUGCGUGUCAAAAAUAUCACGAAACACACAGUGUGGAUAAAAAUAGUGGUAGUAGCACAAGUGGUGCUCCAGGCAAAAAAUGUGAUGAAAACAAUGGUAACAAUGAUAAGGAUUGUAAAGAGUGUAAUACAAAAUGUCAGGCAUGCAAGGAAGCAUGUGAUGCAUAUAAAAAUUUUGUGUCUUCCACAGGUGGUGGUGGUACCACAAAUGAUUGGAGAAAACAAUGGGAAAAUAUGGACAAAAAAUAUCGGGAUUUGAUGGAUGAGGCGAGAAAACAACUAGAAGAACAAAGUAAAACAUCACAAACAUCAUCAAGUGGUGCUACUGGUGGUAACCAAUGUAGUGGUAAUAACCUAUGUGUCAAGUCUGAUAUCAACUCUAUAUAUAUUUGUGUAUAUAUUACCACUAUGUAUGAAUAUUACCACUAACAUAUGUUA